UAGCAUCGAUCAUCUUAGAUGGACAUGAGAUGUCUUAGACAGAUUAGAGUAAAGCAGCUUGUCUUGUGGAGAAUUUAACGAUUGUGCUAGGACCGGGGUUUGUUAUUAUCACAAUUCAUAUGGUCGGGACGGACCUUCGGGCUGAUUGCAGUCGGAGAUAAACGCUAGUCGCAGCCCCGCCAACCCGAAAAUGGAAUUCUGUUUUGUUUGCACGCGUCGCUGCAACCACGAACAUCAACCUCAGGCGACCACCAACUGCAAACCUCAACACCAGAACAUAGCAACCAGACAUAAUGGUUAGUUGAGAACGCGCAGCUUUGCUUCCAGUCAAUGAUCGCUGACCAUGUUCCAGGCCACACCACCCAAUACAAACCCGAUCCGCCCAUCUCCUCUCUCCUUCAACUCUCCAUCACGCGCCUCACCUUUCCGCCGUCCCAACUCUCCUCUUGCCCAGUCUCCUACCACGACGGGCAACCACCGCAAUAGCGUUUCAUACCUUAAGAAUCCCUCAACACCCUCGGGUUUGUCUCCCGAGAAGUCGUACUCGCCGCUACGCAACUCGACUAAUGUACGCCCUGACGAAGCCAACUCCACAAUCCCAUCUUGGAAAACCACACGCGGCACCACUGCACCACCAGAUGUGCCUGCAUCGCCGACACGCACCACGUCAAACUUCUCGGAUGCGACUGUCCGCCCACUCCAAGCCACACCGCGCGGGACACCUACGCGAGAUACAUUUGGCGGACGGGCAGGUGGAUCAGCGGACAACAUUACAAAGGUGCCAGCACCACUACUGCACUCUUUGCGCGAGUCGUUCUCGGUGCUGGACCGAUCGAACAGCGGCACAGUGUCGAAUGCAGAUGUCUCGGCAACACUCACACAAUUGGGACUGGAUAGCACAAGCCAAGCUUAUUUACCGCCUGCGUCAUCGCCUAUAAAUCUCAGUACUUACUUAAACACACUCUCCAGCUUGAUCGCGCCGCUCUCGCAGCCAUCAGAACUCCUGGCUGCGUUUGCGGCUUUUGAUGAUGACGAUAGUGGGCAGAUCGACUUGGAAGAGUUGAAGGAUGCCUUGAUGCACACAGCACCGGAGCCCGGGGAAAGAAGGUUGUCGGAGAGAGAGUUUGAGAGCGUGGUAGGUGAUUUCAGUGGCAGAAGGGCUUUCGGUAAAGGUGGAAUGGGUAAGUCAAAGAGAGGAGACGUUUUCAGGUACCAAGAGUUUGUCGGUGGAAUUGUGGGAGGUGCUGACGGGAAAGACGGAGGAAAAAUGGCAUAGGGUCGACAUGACUGUCAGAGAUGAGUGCUUCAAUUUUUUGCUCUGGUUGUGUUUGGAUGGCAAGGCAUUCUCUGGAAGAUGUCAGGAGCUUCAAUGGCAUGCAAGCUAAGUAACGAAUAAGCCUAUGAAAUGGGAUUCCGUUCCCGAUCACGACUGAAUUAUCACCCCUUGCUGAGAUCACAACAUAAGACUGGAGACUAAUGGAUAGAAACUCUGCUGGGUCGCAG